AUGCGGGCCAACUUCACAAACGCACAAGACAAACGAAUUGUAGCGCUUGCACUCGAGUAUGAAUCCCAACACAAGCGAGUAGAGUGGAAAGAGGUGGUACGGGCCAUGAGGAGUACACAUUCUGUCCAAGCGCUUGGGAGCCGGCUGCGUGUUCUGAAGCGCACGUAUGGACGUGAUCUAUCUAGAUUUCCACGUGUUCAUUGUUUGCUAGCGGAUGCACCAAGGCUGCUAUUACUCCACAACGUGUUUUUGAGCCAAGGAGACGUUUUUGAUACGCGACUUUCGUCGCGCUUACCAUUUCAGCGUGCAUCAAUAGUUUUUCUAAACGAUUUCCUAUUUGAUGAAUUAGCAAAGCAGGCCGUACAAGAGCAGCUGUAUAUGAUGCCGAGAGUACAUUUGAUCGUUUCUACGUCUCGCUAUUGUCCUCGCCAUCGCGAUUCCUGCCGAAGAAGUCUUUGCUCCAAGUGGAGGUUCGCGAGAACCACGUAUGGACGGAGUAGCUGGAAGUCUCCUCCAAUCCCGAUCUACAUGUACACGACUGUCCAGUAA